AUAGGAUGGCAUUUGGCUGCGACCAUUGUGGCAGGCAGUGUGGUAAUCAUUACAACUUAACCCUUCAUGGAAACACCUGUAAAAAGAAGCCAAAACCUGCCCCCAUAACAACCAGUGAGCUGGAGCUGUGUAAUGUGAAGGAAAACAAAAUUGCAAUUCCCAUGGACAGGUUGUUAAAUACGAUACACUCAUGUCACAGGAUUGGAAAGAAGUGCUUAUCAGUAAAGGAUACCAUCACCAAUUUAACCGCGAAAUAUGAGAUCAACUACAACCAAAAAAGCACUGUCAUCUUAAGUUUAGUAAGCUCUGCUGUCAAGACCUGUCCUUUCUGUUGCAAAAAGCAGUUCAAGCACGAGAAGCCAGUUCUGAUUCGUUGGAGUAACGGACUGUUGUACAAAGGCUAUGUGCUCUCCAGACAAGGCAGAUUGUGCUAUGUUGAGCUUGACAACUUCAACACGGCUGUUCUGGAUUGCAAGGACGUGUUUGACGAAUUCGAGCAUGAAGUAAUGUGUACUGUGUGUAAGUCUGGUUCAUCAGAGCCUCCCAACGAAAUUGUUCUUUGUGACUGCUGCAACUCUGGGUAUCAUCAGAAGUGUCACAAGCCAGUAAUAACCGAAGACAUUCUGUGCCUUGACGAAGACUGGUUUUGUGCGAGAUGUGAACGAACCAAGACUGGUCACGUGACUGUCAGUGGUGGUUCAGCAGAGGAGCCGCAGUAUACUCUUUCUACUUUAGCCUGUAUGGCACUGCUUUGUCUGGGACCCUCCACACGAUCUACUGUUCGCUCAUGGAUACAGGACAGUUUCAAGUACUACCAGAAGCAGAAGAGCGACAAAUGGAAGACCAAGCUGGCGACCACGAUGAGCAUUACAGGACACUGGAUGUUCAUGGACAAGAACACGGGAUUGUGGCAGUUACAGGCGCACAACACCCCCUCUCUUCUCAGGCAUCUGGAUGAGGUUACGAAAAGAAGCACAGACAUUUCACCUAAUGUACUCGAUAAGAUUCGCUCCGAACUAAAACUUAAAACCCUAACCUCUCUGAACUUAUACUACGAUUUCCUGCCCUAUAAGACAGCUGAGUUGACAUGGGAUGCUAAACAUCGCUAUAACGAGGAAGGUGUGUAUUGCUAUUGUAUGGGGCCAGGAGUUUGGUACAAACAGAUGCUACAGUGUCUGAACUGCAGACAGUGGUUUCACCAGGCUUGUGUUAGCUGUAGUGCUAAACCAAUGCUGUUCGGGGAGAACAAUAUUUUUAUCUGCUCGGUCUGCAAUUUGGGAGAGGAACAUCUAACUCUACGAGCUCUCAGUGAUCGUGAAUGUCUUCAAUUGGCGAUGUAUCACGUGGUCAUGACGCGUUACCGUGGUGACUUUCAACUCCCUGUGUGUCUCCGUAUGAACACAACACCCCUGCUACAGGCCUGGGACCCGGUCAGGUUCCAGGAUCUUCAGGUAUGGACUCUCGCUCAAACAGCUAUUGAUAACCCUGACCUGUUUCAACCAGGAGCGAAGCACAAAAACACUACUUUAUACAGGUUGUUGGUAGACGAGCCUCCCUCGUUCCCCCUGGAUGAGACCCUGACUCUCCCACUUCCUGCAUCCCAUCAACCCAUACCUCACUACCUUCCACCUGGCUUUGUAAUGGAUCUCGCUAACGGAACCUCCGGGUUGCAAGUGGACGGAUCCCCGCUUCCAGAAGAGUUCCCCCCGUCCCAAUACGACAUAUCCCUUUUCAAAGACGUGGACUACUAUGGGAAAAAGAUUAAAGUAAAUGAGAGUCACAGCGAAACACAGACAAAAAGUGGGAAAAAGAGAAAGAAUUCUGGAAGCAGAUCACAAUUAAAUUCAACGCCACCAACAUCCAAUAUGGCAAGGAGUGAGGAAUCGGGUGAAGCUAGUGAUCAGAAACAGAGAAGAGCUCGAACUGCACUAGAUGAGGAGAAAGAUGGUAAUCCUCCGACGAAUUCAGCCACAGAACCGAAAUCGUUGACAAUAAAACGGUUGCAAAGCGGCGAGAAUUACCAGAUAUUGGGAAAGAGGCAGGGGAAUGAUGGAGGUUUGGAGUAUCUGAUUGCUUGGGAGGGCAUCAAAUCACGCUGUCUGCAACGUAUCAGAAGAAUGAACAAUACGUCAGAACAAAUAUAGACUAUGGUUUAAAUGUGUUGGUAAGGGCCUUUGUCAUUUAUGAUCACAUUUUGGUUGGUUGCAAUUCCAACAGACUAUGAAAUUUAAAAAGAUGUACUUUUAAAUUAACUUAUUAACUAUUAACGAUUAACUAGGAAUAUUACAAUUUUAUUUCGUAGUCCAAUAUUUAAUAUUUUGUUCAAUCUAAUAAUCGAAUUUUUGUUGGUUUUAAAACUGUAUUUCAGUAGUUUAAAGUUGCAAUUAAUUUUGUUAAAUGUUUACCUUUCAAGUUAGUCCGAAGUUCAAAUAGUAUAAGUCCAUGAAAAUGAAAUUAUGGUUAUUUUAAAUUUUUUGUCAGGUACUGGUUUGUUCUUGACCCCUUAAAAGAAAACGUAUACAGCACGCUUCGGUUUUGGCAGCUGAAAACUUGG